AUGGCCUUGCCGAAAUUCAGAACCAAUGCAUCUGCUGAGAAGCCACAACACCCGUAUUAUAUCGUGUAUCGAAAGCUCGAAAAAAUAAUCAAGCGGAUGCUGGAUGAGAAUGGAGGCGUGGCUGUGCGUACCGUCAAGAGCUUUUUGUCAAAGAUUCCUAGCGUGUUCACCGGUUUCGACUUGGUUCAGUGGAUCCAUACGAACAUUCCGACGGAUGAUCUUACCGAGGCACUGCAUCUGUCGCACAUGCUGGCCUCACAUGGCUACUUAUUCCCAAUCGAUGACCAUCUACUCAUGGUUAAGUGCGAUAACACCUUCUAUCGAUUCCAGACUCCAUAUUUUUGGCCCACCAACUGUUGGGAGCCGGAAAAUACGGAUUACGCCGUUUACCUAUGCAAACGAACGAUGCAUAACAAAGCUCAUUUGGAACUUGAGGAUUUCGAGGCAGAAAAUCUGUCUAAAUUGCAAAAAAUGUUUUGCAGAAAGUGGGAGUUCAUAUUUAUGCAGGCUGAAGCCCAGUACAAAGUGGAUAAGAAGAGGGAUAGACAAGAACGCCAGAUUCUUGAUAGUCAGGAACGAGCUUUCUGGGAU